UGCCGGGGUUUGAAUGUGAGGCGGAGCGGCGGCAGUGGUGGGUAGUGCCGGCUACAGUUCGCGGCUGAGAUUGCCUUCUCCGUUCCCGUAUCCCCAGGAGGUUCUAUGGCGAUGGAGCUCAGCGAUGCAAAUUUGCAAACGCUAACAGAAUAUUUAAAGAAAACUCUUGAUCCGGAUCCUGCCAUCAGACGUCCAGCUGAGAAGUUUCUUGAAUCUGUGGAAGGAAAUCAGAAUUACCCACUGUUGCUUUUAACUUUGUUGGAAAAGUCCCAGGAUAAUGUUAUCAAAGUGUGUGCCUCAGUAACAUUCAAGAACUAUAUUAAAAGGAACUGGAGAAUUGUUGAAGAUGAACCAAACAAAAUUUGCGAAGCUGACCGAGUAGCCAUUAAAGCCAACAUAGUGCACUUGAUGCUUAGUAGCCCAGAACAAAUUCAGAAGCAGUUAAGUGAUGCUAUUAGCAUUAUUGGCAGAGAAGAUUUCCCUCAGAAAUGGCCUGACUUGUUGACAGAAAUGGUGAAUCGUUUUCAGAGUGGAGAUUUCCAUGUUAUUAACGGAGUCCUCCGUACAGCACAUUCUUUAUUUAAAAGAUAUCGCCAUGAAUUUAAGUCAAAUGAGUUAUGGACUGAAAUUAAACUUGUUCUGGAUGCCUUUGCUUUGCCUUUGACUAAUCUAUUUAAGGCCACUAUUGAACUCUGCAGUACCCAUGCAAAUGAUGCCUCUGCCCUAAGGAUCCUUUUUUCUUCCCUGAUCCUUAUCUCAAAAUUGUUCUACAGUUUAAACUUUCAGGAUCUCCCUGAGUUUUUUGAAGAUAAUAUGGAAACUUGGAUGAACAAUUUUCAUACCCUCUUGACAUUGGAUAACAAGCUUCUACAAACUGAUGAUGAAGAGGAAGCUGGCUUGUUGGAGCUUUUAAAAUCCCAGAUUUGUGACAAUGCUGCACUCUAUGCACAGAAGUAUGAUGAGGAAUUUCAGCGGUACCUGCCUCGCUUUGUCACAGCCAUCUGGAAUUUACUGGUCACAACAGGUCAAGAGGUUAAAUAUGACUUGUUAGUAAGUAAUGCAAUUCAGUUUCUGGCUUCAGUUUGUGAGAGACCUCACUAUAAGAAUCUGUUUGAGGACCAGAACACGCUGACGAGUAUCUGUGAAAAGGUUAUCGUGCCUAACAUGGAAUUUAGAGCUGCUGAUGAAGAAGCCUUUGAAGACAAUUCUGAGGAGUACAUCAGGAGAGAUUUGGAAGGAUCUGAUAUUGAUACUAGACGCAGGGCUGCUUGUGAUCUAGUACGAGGAUUGUGCAAGUUUUUUGAGGGACCGGUGACAGGAAUCUUCUCUGGUUAUGUUAAUUCCAUGCUGCAGGAAUAUGCAAAAAAUCCAUCUGUCAACUGGAAACACAAAGAUGCAGCCAUUUACCUUGUGACAUCGUUGGCAUCAAAAGCCCAGACACAGAAGCAUGGAAUUACACAAGCAAAUGAACUUGUAAACCUGACUGAGUUCUUUGUGAAUCACAUUCUCCCUGAUCUAAAAUCAAAUAACGUGAAUGAAUUUCCUGUCCUUAAAGCCGAUGGUAUCAAAUACAUAAUGAUUUUUAGGAAUCAAGUACCGAAAGAGCAUCUUUUGGUCUCUAUUCCUCUCUUAAUCGGUCACCUUCAGGCCGAAAGCAUCGUUGUCCAUACUUAUGCAGCACAUGCUCUUGAGAGGCUGUUUACUAUGAGAGGACCUAACAACGCCACUCUCUUUACAGCCGCAGAAAUCGCACCGUUUGUUGAGAUUCUGCUAACAAACCUUUUCAAAGCUCUCACACUUCCUGGCUCUUCAGAAAAUGAAUAUAUUAUGAAAGCUAUCAUGAGAAGUUUUUCCCUCCUACAAGAAGCCAUAAUCCCCUACAUCCCUACCCUCAUCACUCAGCUUACACAGAAGCUAUUAGCUGUUAGUAAGAACCCGAGCAAACCUCACUUCAAUCACUACAUGUUUGAAGCAAUAUGUUUAUCCAUAAGAAUAACUUGCAAAGCUAACCCUGCUGCUGUUGUAAAUUUUGAGGAGGCUUUAUUUCUUGUGUUUACUGAAAUUUUACAAAAUGAUGUACAAGAAUUUAUUCCAUAUGUCUUUCAAGUGAUGUCUUUGCUUCUGGAAACACAUAAAAAUGACAUCCCAUCUUCCUAUAUGGCCUUAUUUCCUCAUCUCCUUCAGCCGGUGCUUUGGGAAAGAACAGGAAACAUUCCUGCUCUAGUGAGGCUUCUCCAAGCAUUCUUGGAACGUGGUUCAAACACCAUAGCAAGUGCUGCCGCUGACAAAAUUCCUGGGUUAUUAGGUGUGUUCCAGAAGCUAAUUGCAUCCAAAGCCAAUGACCACCAAGGUUUUUAUCUUCUAAACAGUAUAAUAGAGCACAUGCCUCCUGAUUCUGUUGAUCAGUAUAGGAAGCAGAUCUUCAUUCUGCUAUUCCAGAGACUUCAAAAUUCCAAAACAACAAAGUUUAUCAAGAGCUUCUUAGUCUUUAUUAAUUUGUAUUGCAUAAAGUAUGGGGCGUUGGCGCUGCAAGAAAUAUUUGAUGAUAUACAACCAAAAAUGUUUGGGAUGGUUUUGGAAAAAAUCAUUAUUCCUGAAAUUCAGAAAGUAUCUGGAAAUGUUGAGAAAAAGAUUUGUGCAGUUGGCAUAACCAAAUUACUAACGGAAUGUCCUCCGAUGAUGGACACAGAGUACACCAAGCUAUGGACUCCUCUAUUACAGUCCCUCAUUGGCCUUUUUGAGUUACCUGAAGAUGAUACCAUUCCUGAUGAAGAACAUUUUAUUGACAUAGAAGAUACACCAGGAUAUCAGACUGCCUUCUCACAGCUGGCAUUUGCCGGGAAAAAAGAGCAUGAUCCUGUAGGUCAGAUGGUAAAUAACCCCAAAAUUCACCUGGCACAGUCACUUCACAAGUUGUCUACUGCCUGUCCAGGAAGGGUUCCAUCGAUGGUGAGCACCAGCCUCAAUGCAGAAGCGCUCCAGUAUCUCCAGGGAUAUCUUCAGGCGGCCAGUGUGACACUGCUUUGAACUGCAUUUUCCAAACUGGCUCAGCCCAGGAGUGUUUCUGAGGAAAUCACAUAGACAUCCGAGCAGAGCUACAUUAAAGCAAGUUUUCCUUUUGAACUUGUCACAAAUUCCAUCUUGUAAUGAAUAUUAAAUCUUGCUUUAUGCUGAACCCUGA